CGCUUGCCCAUAGCGAGAAAAGAGAAGUGGCGACGAAAAGGAGCUGAGACUGAAUUGCUGAAGCCGCCAGUUCCCUUCCAGACCGCGAGCGAAGCAGAGCUGAGCGGAGCAGAGACUCUUUUUUUUUCUACUUCUUCCAAUUUUAAUGCGACGUGAUUCUGAAGGAGGGCAUGAUGCUUCUCCUGGUUCUGAUGCUGGAGCUCCUGCACUGUGCGGCCCAAGCAGAAUUGCAGCCGCCGGUGAUUAGGGUGAACUCGAAAGUUCUGAACGGGUCCGAAGUGGUCCUGGGUCCCGGGACGCCCCUGGUUCUGCAGUGCACGGGGGGCGACGACGUCACCUGGAGCCCCCGCCUGGCCAAGCACCGGAAGCACAUCUCCAGGACCCCGGGGAGGGAGAGCACCCUGCGGGUCGACCGGCCCACCGCGGAGUACACCGGGACAUACAAGUGCGAGUACAGGGCCCGGCCGGGCCUGCAGGCGUCCGUCCACGUCUACGUGAGAGAUCCGAAAAACUUUUUCACCAUCACGAGCACCACGGGCCGGGUGGUGAAGAAGGAGGGGGAGGACUGCCUGCUGGCCUGCCUGCUGACCGACCCCAGCGCGACUCACUUCACCCUGCGCAUGCACAACGGGUCCGCCGUGCCCCCCGGGAUGAACUUCACGGCCGACCCCAGGCGGGGGGUGCUCAUCCGAAACCUGCACCCCAGCUACAACGCCGACUACAUCUGCAGCGCCAUGGUCGGGGGGCUGACGAGGACCUCCAGAGCCUUCUCCAUCAACGUCAUCCAGAAGCUGCGGUCCCCGCCCUACGUAUUUCUGGAGACGGAUGAGUAUGUGCGCAUCGUCGGGGAGCAGCUGCGCAUCCGCUGCACCACACACAACCCCAACUUCAACUACAACGUGACCUGGAAGCACUCCUCACGCACCUUGUUACCCCCAGAGGAAAAGGUCCAUUCGGAAGGCAGUCGCCUGGACAUCGUGAGCAUCCUGACCAUCCCCUCGGUGAGCAAGGCCGACACGGGGAACAUCACCUGCCAGGGCGUCAACGAGGCCGGCGUCAACAGCUCCACCACCUACCUGCAGGUCGUAGACGGUCCGUACCUCCAGCUCUCCCCGUGGCUGCCUCCCAAAUUCACCCACCAGGGCACGGACGUGGAGGUGAACGAGGGGGAGGACCUGGAGCUGAGGGUGCGGAUCGAGGCCUACCCCCGGAUCCUGGAGCACGGGUGGGCGGCCCCCUCCUCCCGCAACAUCUCGGAGCACGAGCAGAAGUCCUACGCGCGCAACAACAGGUAUGAGGCGAUCUUGCUGCUGAAGAGGAUGAACUUUGACGAGCAAGGCCAGUACACCUUCUACGCCAGGAGCAGCAAAGCCAACGCCUCUGUUUCCUUCAACGUGCAGAUGUACCAGAAGCCGGUCGCCGUGGUGAGAUGGGAGAACAUCACCACCUUGACCUGCACGUCCUCUGGCUACCCCGCCCCCAGGAUAUACUGGUACCAGUGUUCCGGAAUCAGAACCAGCUGCAGCGCGAACGUUUCGGCAGUGCCGGAGCCCCUCCCGGCGGAGACGGUGGAGGUGCAGCGGGAGAGGUACGGCCCGGUGGAGGUGGAGAGCGUGCUGACCGUGGGGCCGUCCAGCCGCAGGACGACCGUGGAGUGCGUGGCCUUCAACCUGGCCGGCGUGGGCUCCGACACCUUCGCCAUGGAGGUCUACCCUAAGCUGUUCACUCCCACCCUGGUUGGCGCGGCUGCAAUGGCCGCCAUUUUCCUGCUGCUUCUGUUGAUCCUGCUCUACAAAUACAAGCAGAAACCCAGGUAUGAAAUCCGGUGGAAGAUCAUUGAAGCCAGCGAUGGAAACAACUACACCUUUAUUGACCCCUCCCAGCUUCCGUACAAUGAGAAAUGGGAGUUCCCAAGAGACAAGCUGAAGCUAGGGAAGAUUCUGGGUGCCGGUGCAUUUGGGAAGGUGGUGGAGGCCACAGCGUAUGGCCUGGGAAAAGAGGACAACGUCAUGCAGGUCGCCGUGAAGAUGCUAAAACCGAGCGCGCACCCGGACGAGAAGGAGGCGCUGAUCUCCGAGCUGAAGAUCCUGAGCCACCUGGGACAGCACAAGAACAUCGUCAACCUGCUGGGCGCCUGCACCCACGGAGGACCAGUACUGGUGAUCACGGAGUACUGCUGCCAUGGCGACCUGCUUAACUUCCUGCGGGGCAAAGCCGAGACCUUCCUGAACUGCGUCAUGACCAUGCCCGAGAUCCCGGAGGAGACCGGCAUCUACAAGAACCUGAGCACCGAGAAGAAGUACAUUAGAAGCGACAGCGGGAUCUCCAGCACGUGCUCGGACAGCUACCUGGACAUGAAGCCGGGUACCGUUUCCGGGCCAACACAGAGUCCGCCCGGCGAGGAGGACGCCGUGGACUCCUGGCCGCUGGACAUGGACGACCUGCUGAGGUUCUCCUUACAGGUGGCCCAGGGCCUGGACUUCCUGGCGGCCAAAAACUGCAUCCACAGAGACGUGGCGGCGAGGAACGUCCUGCUGACCGACGGGCGCGUGGCGAAGAUCUGCGACUUCGGCCUGGCGCGGGACAUCAUGAACGACUCCAACUACGUGGUGAAAGGAAACGCCCGGCUCCCGGUGAAGUGGAUGGCGCCGGAGAGCAUCUUCGACUGCGUCUACACCGUGCAGAGCGACGUCUGGUCCUACGGCAUCCUGCUGUGGGAGAUCUUCUCCCUGGGUAAGAGCCCUUACCCGAGCAUCCUGGUGGACACCAAGUUCUACAAGAUGAUCAAGUGCGGCUACCAGAUGUCCCGGCCCGACUUCGCCCCACCCGAAAUGUACUCCAUCAUGAAGAUGUGCUGGAACCUGGAGCCUACAGACAGACCGACCUUCAGCAAGAUCAGCCAGCUGAUCCAGAGACUGCUGGGGGAGCAGCCAGAGCAGAAGGUGUACGAGAACGUGCGCGCGGACCCGCUGGAGGGGCAGCCGGAAUCCUGCGAGGCCACGCAAUGCUGCGAGGAGUCAUGUGACCAGCCGCAGUCAUGUGACCCGGAAGAGGAGGAGCAACCGCUGAUGAACGCCAACCAUUACCAGUUCUGCUAAGGUGUUACAACUAACCUCACCCCAUCCCCCCACCCCACCCCACCCCCCCCCCCUCCUGCCACACCCACCGGCCAAAAACUUUGCCUCUUAAAUAUCUUGGGUCACUUCCUCUUCGUCCCAUGUCAGAAAUAUUCACACGGUUUUUGAGCUGUGAGGAGAGUGCCUGCGCGCCCUCCCCCUUAAUCUCGAAAAGAAUCUCUGCAUUGAGUUUUCCACACACAGAGAGGCGCUGAGGUGUAGCGUUGCUUCCGGUGGCGGACUGAUCUCAGGUCAGCGACAGAGAGGCCUGACUUCAAAGAGCUGCCAAAGAACUGUCACUCACACCCCGAGGUGAAGCGGAAGCGUCCAAUGGUGCUGCUCGGAUCAGAGACAGCGUUCUCUGACGUCGUGUCCGUCAAAUCGGCUCGAAUGCACUCGCUCAAGCAACCUCACGCAGACAUUUACGGCACGUCUCUUCGUAAAGAAUCCCGUGAUUUUAGCGAUUUCACACCGGAUUCAGAGGCAGAGAAUUCCAUCACCAUUGGUACUUGUAUCUUUCCGUGUUGGUGCAACCAAACACAUAAAUUAUUUCGUAGUUCUGCUAAGAGGUUUAAAAGUUUGAUUUUAUUUUCACUUCAACCAUAACUAUGGGGGAUUAGCAGAUACAGGUUUUUCCCGAGAAUUGAGAGGGUCAGCAUAUUGGUUUCAGUGGAAGGAAAUGAAGGAAAUGAAAGUUCGCAGUCAAGCGAUUUUAACCAUGUUCUUGCGGCUUUUAACACGUAGCCUUGCGUAGAUUCACAGUUUGCAUCGUGCGCCAGGGAUCACACACGCGUGCCGAACACAUUUCCAGAAAAAGGAGCAUUGGUGAAAUGGCCAUUUUGCAAGACUGCAUCUUGGGGCCACAAUGGGGCCUUUCCACUGUUUCGGAAAGCAGAAAUUGCCUAAGUCUACUCUGAAAUGAAAGUGCACAAAAAUGUAAUUUCGUUGAAGGAAAGUCCUCAUUCAACUGGUAGAAAAGAAAGUUAACAGUCUAUGAGGUGUUACCAAUAUAGUUCUGCAGGUGUAAAGCAUUAAUUUUUCUCUCUAAAUGAAGUAAGGCUGGGUUUGAAUUAUGCCAAAACUUGCUUACUACCAGGGUUUUGUGUUUGGCUGUCUACAGAGAACGCUGGAACUUCAUGUCCUUCUAAGACCCAGCAGAAAUUUAAUUGAAUUUAAAUGUAUUUUUAUUGAAUGCCCCUUUUCAUUGUGGGUUUCAGCACAGUAGAAUAUGUGGUUCUAGAUAUUAAGACCAGAUAUUCAUGUCCCCUACAGAAAAUUUAACUGUUGGGUCUUAGGAGGAUAUUGGCAAAUUCCAAUAAUGCAAAAUCAAUAACAUGGCCAAUGAUUGGUCAUGGUAUUUGUUAUGCACCAAUCGUUGGUUGUGUUAUUAGAUUGUCUUAUUAACAGAAAAAUGCUAACGGUGCUUGCUACAACACGUGUGUGAGCUUGCUGUGCUACUUAAUUCAACUGACAAUACUUGUCAUGGUUACUCAAAGCAACUCGCAGUCCUACAGCAUCCAAUAAGCUAAAAUAUCAACAGCUGUAGCAGAAAAACAGAGCUCAACACAAACGCAAAAUCUUACGAAUUUUAGCGUCAUUAAAAAGCUUCAGUUUAAUUCACUCAGUCUCAACUUAGUACACAAUGUGUUAAUACAGCAUCAAUGUUAAUGUUUUUAUGUUUGAAUAUUAUGUAAAAAUGCUGAUUCAUUUUCUCCUAUGUAGCAUUCAGCAUAUACUGCCUGAACAUUUGUAUAGAAUUGAGAUAUUACUGUGAGAUAUAAUUAUCCCAGGUCGCCCUUAUUCCCAACGGCUGUUCUUGGUGUUUAAAUUCCCUGGGAAUAAGCAAUGCCAAUGUAAUUUACUGAAUAAGUGUUUUUCAAAAUUAUUUUUGUAUUGUUCCAAAAGCAUAAAUUCUAUCUGAAAUCAAUCUUCUAACUUUUCAAAUUUCUAUUCUUUAGUGUAAUAAAAUAAUGAGUUAACAACAGAAGAUUUCACAGUUCAGGUAAUGGCUUGUCUAUUGUCUUUUUUUUUUUUUUUUAAACAAAAGGCUAAGGAAAUCCAAAAAUACUUUCCAGGACCUGUCUGUCAGCACUAGCCACAAUGAUGAUCACCAGUUCAAGGAAGUUUUUUUUCUGUGUGUGUUGUGGCAGACACAAGCGAAUGAGUCAGGUUCUUAAGUUCUGAUUGGGAACACAGUGAACUUUUGUGGAGACAACAGCGAAGCUGAGCGCUCUCGCAUUUUCAUUACUGAAUUAAAACAUAAUUUUAUAAAUUGUCAUUUGGUUUUUGUUUUUUUUUUUUUUUUACAAGUCUAUGAAUGAGAAAAAAUUUGGUAAAAAUGUUCACAUGAGUGAAGUACAAUUUUAAGCCAUCUCUUUCCAAACUUUAGUGACAGGUACUUUUAAUUUAUGGAUAAAACUCAGCAGUGUGCGAGCCAGUGAGGGUCAGAGGUCACAAAACCAGAGUGGGAGGAGUUGUCAGGGGCUGCAGAACACUGACAGUGUUGACCCGAACACUUUGAUCUCAGCAGAAGAUCGAUUUGAUUGGUUGUCAAAGACUCAGUGGUCUGUAUAGUACAUGGAUUGGCUGACAUCUUGAGGGCUGCAUCCAGCCUGCAUAAAGAUCAGCAAAAGCAUUUAUCUAAAGGAGGAAAUCAAAGAACAGCUCCUCCUUUGAUUGAUCAUCACAAAAUGAUUGGUCCAAUUCUCAUUUUGUCCAGUUAGAAACAAAUGUAAAUAAUGUCUGUGAAAUUGUCAAAAACAACAUCUAAACGUCUAAGACAGGAUCAACAUGUUUGGUAUGGUUAGUAAAAAUUUGUCUAAAGUCAUUUGCUUUUUUUUUUUUUUUUUUUUUUUUUUUGGCACUUGACUAAUGUUCAUGUUCAACAAAUUUACUGUAUGUGAAAGACUAACACUAUCAGGGCAUUUGACUAAUGCAAUUAUCUUUCCUGUAAAACUGAACUGAAUGUUGAACAAGCCUGUUCUGUAACAAUUCUGUACUCUGUUUAGCAUAUAAUGUUAUCUAAUAAACAGUUCAAUCCUUCA